AUGGAAGUCCUGAUGGUGUGUCUGGUUCUUCGCAGAAGAUGGCAAUUUCUUCUUUGGGCUAGCGACCGCGCUGGCGCAUGUCGAGGACAGGGGACGGAGGCGCUCAGUUGGCUUCUAGGUCGAGGGGACGAAAAGGCUGGCGAUGGAGAGAAGAGGAAGCCUCUUAAGGUUGCCAUGGAGGCGAUGCUCAGGGGGUUUGAAAUGUUUGUCGAGGGUGGUGAAUCUGGUUCUGGCGAUAAUUGCAGCCACAACGUCGCAGCUUGGCACAAUGUUCCUUGCCCGCAAGAAAGGCUUAAAUUUUGGUCUGAUCCCGAUACUGAGUUGAAACUUGCUAAGGAAACUGGGAUCAGUGUUUUCCGCCUGGGGAUUGAUUGGACAAGGGUAAUGCCUAAGGAACCAACUGAAGAGUUGAAGAGUUCAGUCAAUUUCGCAGCACUUGAGCGGUAUAGAUGGAUCAUUCAAAGGCUUCAUGAAUAUGGAAUGAAAGUGAUGCUUACGCUAUUUCACCACUCACUUCCACCUUGGGCUGGAGAGUAUGGGGGGUGGAGGAUGGAAAAAACCGUGAAGUACUUUAUGGAUUUUGUGCGGCUUGUUGUUGAUCGUGUAUCUGAUUUGGUGGACUACUGGGUGGUUUUUAAUGAACCUCAUGUGUUUGUAAUGCUGACCUAUUGUGCUGGUGCUUGGCCUGGUGGAGACCCUAAUGCAAUUGAAGUAGCAACAUCUGCUUUACCGACUGGUGUAUAUAACCAAGCAUUACAUUGGAUGGCCAUUGCACAUGCAGAAGCCUAUGACUACAUACAUUCAGAAAGUGCGUUAAAAAAAAACAUACAUUCAGAAAGCAAAAGUAAAAGGAAGCCAAUCGUUGGUGUCGCUCAUCAUGUAUCGUUUACACGGCCCUAUGGUCUAUUUGAUGUUGCUGCUGUCACACUGGCUAAUUCAUUGACCCUUUUCCCUUACAUUGAUAGCAUAUGUGAUAAAUUGGAUUUUAUUGGCAUCAACUACUAUGGGCAGUUUAAUGAACGAUACAAGAGCUUGAAUAUACCUUUUAUAAUUACUGAAAAUGGAGUUUCUGACGAGACUGAUCUGAUUCGGAAACCAUAUAUUCUGGAGCACCUGUUAGCCAUUUAUGCUGCAAUCAUUAUGGGUGUGCCUGUGCUUGGUUAUCUAUUCUGGACGAUGUCAGAUAAUUGGGAAUGGGCAGAUGGCUAUGGUCCCAAGUUUGGGCUUGUAGCUGUUGGUCGUGCUAAUAACCUAGCACGGAAACCUAGGCCUUCAUACUAUUUAUUCUCCAAGGUUGUUAGAACUGGGAAAAUUACAAGACAGGACAGGCUGGGUGCUUGGAGGGAGCUGCAACAAGCAGCAUUUCAGAAGAAAACACGCCCAUUUUUCAGGGCUGUAGAUAAACAUGGUCGGAUGUAUGCAGGUAAGUAG